AUGGAGCAUGAAGUUGGUGAUAAAGUCUUCUUAAAGGUCUCACCGUGGAAGAAGAUUUUGAGAUUUGUCAAGAAGGGCAAGUUAAGUCCUAGGUUUAUCAAUCCAUAUGAAAUAAUUAAACGUGUGGGUCCAAUAGCCUAUAGACUAGCCUUACCACCAGAACUAUCAAAGAUACACAAUGUCUUCCACGUCUCAGUGUUAAAGAGAUACAGAUCAGACCCAAACCAUCUCAUUCCUAUGGAGACAAUUGAAGUGCAACCAGAUUUAACUUAUGAAGAGGAAUCAGUGGCAAUUUUAACUCGUGAAGUGAAAGAAUUGAGGAACAAGCAAGUUUCACUAGUUAAAGUGCUUUGGAGGAAUCACGCAAUUGAAGAAGCUACUUGGGAAAGCGAGGAAGUGAUGAAACAAUAG